CGUGGAAACAGUAAACGAUGGGCAGUUCCAUAGUGUGGAGCUUGUGAUGCUGAAUCAAACUCUGAACCUGGUGGUGGACAAGGGGACUCCCAAGAGUCUGGGAAAACUCCAGAAGCAGUCUUCAGUCACCCUCAACACACCGCUCUACAUUGGAGGGAUCCCGACCUCCUCUGGCUUGUCGUCACUGCGCCAGGGUGCAGAUAAGACACCAAACGGUUUCCAUGGCUGUAUCCACGAUGUCCGCAUCAACAACGAGCUGCAGGACUUCAAGGAUUUACCACAGCAGUCCCUGGGAGUCCUUCCUGGCUGCAAGUCCUGCAACAUCUGCAAGCACGGUAUCUGCCGGUCCCUGGAGAAAACAAGUGUGAUCUGUGAGUGUCACCCAGGCUGGACGGGCCCCCUGUGUGACCAGGAGAUUGGAGACCCGUGUCUUAACCACAAGUGUCUGCACGGUAAGUGCAUGGUGGCCAAUGUUGCUUACACCUGUAAGUGCAUAGAGGGCUACACAGGCAUGUACUGUGACAAGAAGAACAAUUCCUCAAAUCCCUGCAGGACUUUGAAGUGCAACCACGGACAGUGUAAGAUGUCGGAGCAUGGGGAGCCCUACUGCGAGUGUGAUCCCAACUACAGUGGGGAGCACUGCGACAGAGAGAACCUCUGCCAAGGAGACAUCAUCCGGGAAGUUGUCCGCAAGCAGCAGGGCUACACGUCGUGUGCCACUGCCUCCAAAGUGCCGCGCCUGGAGUGCCGCGGCGCCUGCGGCAGCGGGCAGUGCUGCGUGCCCCUGCGCAGCAAGCGGCGGAAAUACUUCUUCCAGUGCAUGGAUGGCUCCACCUUCACAGAGGAACUGGAGAGACAUGUGGAAUGCGGCUGCUCCAAGUGCUUAUAAGCCAUUCUCCAGUCUCUUGCCACUUUAAUCGACUCAGAAGCGCUAUCAAAAUGGGACCUAUUUACUUUCAGAGUGAAGAAGAAGAAAAGAAUUAUUAAGUAUAUUGUAAAAUAAGCAAAAAAUAGAACUUAUUUUUAUUAUGGAAAGUGACUAUUUUCAUCUUUUAUUAUAUAAAGUAUCGCACCACUUUGGGUAUAUGUAUCAUAUAGUGAGCUAUUUUUACCAUGAAACUUUUUUAACAGUUGUAAGAAAAA